AUGAAUAUAAUGGAGAUAGAGAAUGACGAAGACAACUCAACAAUGGGUGACUCUGGAGGAGACUUCGACUGCAACAUAUGUUUGGACCAGGUUCGAGACCCUGUCGUGACUUUAUGUGGCCACUUGUUUUGCUGGCCCUGCAUUUACAAAUGGACUGAUUCCACCAACAUUUCAAGACAGCGCGUCGAUCAGUACGAUAAGAAGGAAUCCCCAAAAUGUCCGGUCUGCAAAUCCGAUGUCUCCGACGCUACGCUUGUCCCGAUUUACGGCCGGGGACAGAAAACUCCUCGGUCCGGUUCAAACGUACCGAACAGACCACCCCGUCCGGUUUAUGACUUGAGAAGAGCUGGUCAACGUUCAGGAGAAGGUGAGAGUCAACGGUACAUGUAUCAUAUGCCUGAUCCGGUGGUGGGUGUGGUCUGCGAGAUGGUAUACCGGAGACUAUUUGGAGAGUCUCCAAGCAACGUGCCACCGUACCGGGGCUCCCAUGACACGAGUCUCCGGUUGAGACGGCAGGCAAUGCAGACGGAGGAGUCACUAAGUAGAGGAGGCUUAUCUUCAACUCAAUCGAUUUGUGCACCAAAAAAGAUGAUAGUGGCAUCAGAAUGCGUCGCAAACGGUGUUGCUUAUGUCGGAUAA